GCCCUCUCGUCCUCUUCCUCCAAGCCUGGGGAAGGGACGUCCUGGCAGGUGGUCAGGGCGUUGCAGUUCGAGUCCAGGCCAGGAUCGGGUGAAGAAGAAGCUCCGGAGCAGGAAUCAGGAGAGCAGCAGAAGCUGUCCGGUGCAGACCUAGAAGACAGGGGUGGUGAAGCCCAGCCAGUGAGGACAAGAGCUGCGGGGAAGGACACCGAGGUGACUUGACGGCAGCAGCAGGCCUGAAGGCUCUGGCUGCUUUGGAAGAUAUUUCAAUGAGAUGCAAAUCGCAAUCGACUGACCAUUAGUUUCCACUGCAGUGUUUGCAGGUGGAGUCGAAUGUAACCCCCCGGGAAUGGAGCCGGGAGGGUCAGAGAACGCGGCUGCGCUCUGGAUCUCCGAAGGGGGGCGGGGGCCUGGAAGAGGUCCGGGCCCAGAAUGGACCUCCAGGUCCCUGCUGCCGCAAUCUGGCCCUGCCCUCCAGCCUACCCCUUACUCCCAGAGGAAGGGACCCAGGGAGACCCACCCAGAUGCCCUGAAAGGAGGUGGAGGAUGGGGGUGGAGCAAUACGCAGAGUUUGCCUGGUGAAUGCAGGAAAGGGGUGGGGGCUGGAGAGGAAAAGGAUGGAGCAGCCGUCAGCUUGUCAACUCCGCAUCUGCUGGCUGCCUCGGCCGGGCUCCAGCCUGCGCCCUCGCCCCUCGGAAGAGCGGUAUGUCCAUUCUCUCCGCAUUCGUCUCCAUCGUUCAGCCACCACCGCACCCUUUCUCUAUUCAUUUCUCCUGCUCCCUUGUCCUGCCCCGCCCUUCGUGCCCAGGUCCAUCGGUCUACACCCAUGGGCCGAGCCCUCCUCACCAGGGUCCUCCUGGAACCGCUCCGGCCUUGGGCUUGUCCGCGGCUCCCACGGUCCCCGCCCGGCGGGGCACAGAGCGGGAGGGGAGGGGCACUAGCACAACCUACCCUGCGCUGCGCAGCUGCACCCCUUCGCGCAUGGGCGUGGCGUAGCUCAGACCCGCCCCCAGCGUUUAGCGUCUUUUGUCACCCACCUAGCGGGUUUGAUAUAUCCUAAGCUUUUGGCCCCUGGGUCCUGCUUCCGUGCAGCGAGUCCUCCCAGCACCCCACCCUGCACAUUCUGGAAAGAGCCAGACUCUGGCUGGGCCGAGCAAGAACAGAACCACAAGAAGGUUACACGAUUAUUUAUUGAGAGCCUCCUCUCCCCGCCCUUGCAGUCUCUAGGUCACUUUCUCCGCUUGUAGAUUUUGCGCGCAAGCCCCAGAAAGACGGCUGGGGGCAGGGGUGCUGCGUACUGUUCAAUGAGAGCCAUAAUGUGGCUGUAACUGUCUUCCUCAUAUUGCAAGAACACUGCCGGCAGAUCCAGCUCCUCAUAUAGCGCCUUCACCCGGGCCACUUUCUCAGCCUCCUUCUGCCCGUAGUUUUCCUGGAAGGGGUUGAAAGACAGGAAAACGGGCUUGGCCUUCCCCAGAGCCUCCAGGACCCCUCCACUCCCCUCAUUCACAUAUUCCAGAACAUCUCCAAAGCCACCCACUCCUUUCCUCCCUCCAAUUUUCAAGUGUCUCCACGUAGCUAAGAUCCCAAGCUUCCCUUCCCUAUCCCAAAUAUUGCCUCAGACCAGGCAUCCUCUACUCCAGGGUUUCUCCACCUUGGCACUAUUUAAAUUUGGGACCAGA